AUGUCGUCCAUAACUUAUACCAAGAAUAAGAAUCAUAUUCCAAUACCACAACAGCCUAUAGCCCCACCACCACAAGAAUAUGCAAUGAAUCAACGUUGUAUUGGUGUUUUAGGGGCCAAUAUUUUGAAUCACAAGGGCAACAGAUUAAAUUAUCGAAAUUAUCCAAAUCGGCGAUAUCAAAAUGCAAAUGGAGAAAUUUAUCCUGGAAACCUUUAUCGCUAUGGAAUUGUUAGUCAAUCCAUUGAACCACUGGCACAAAGAAGAGUUUUUCGAAGAACUCUACGUGGAAUAAGUCAAAAUCGACCAAGAAGUCGUCCAAACCAAAGACGAAGUCGAUCAAUACGACGACGAUGUAGACGUGAUCCAAGGCAAAUACGAUUAAACGAUUUUAUGCCAAUACAACUACGUCAACCUUCACCAAAUCUGUCUGUUGAUUUUAAUUUAGCUACAACUGCAGCUAUAACUAUAACUACAAAUAUAAAUAAUGUGCCAAUCGAUGCAUUACCACAAAGAGCAACUUCUGUUACAAAUACACCUCAACCAUUUGCUGUUAAUAAGGGAAACAAUACAAAUCAACAGCAAUAA